AGUGGUUCUCAUACACACUGCAGGAGCAGACCUUCCUGUACUGGGGUGGUAACUGGACGUAGAAGUAUUGAGGGGACUGGAGUAAACAGGGUGUACAGCGUCUAAAGAGACUUGAACUAGCUGGGAGCCACAAGUCAUCAUGGUUAUCCUGCUGGUCCUCACACUGAAGGUUGUCCUCCUCUUAGCUGCUAUGUGGAGUGUGUGUUCAGCAGAGUUGAUCACAGUGGAAAGAUAUAAGGGAGGCAAGGCAGAGAUCAGAUGCCCCUAUAGAGAGGAGUGGAGGAGCCACCAGAAGUACAUAUGCAAAGGCAGCAAAAUGGAGUGUAUAACAUUUUUGGGAGACAAUGAUAUUGAGACUGAGGAUGAAGAACGAAGCUCUAAAUGGAGAUACUCCCUAUAUGACGACAAAGGGGUCAGAGUCUUCAUUGUGACCAUCACCAACCUGAUGUCAGAUGGUGCUGGAACAUACUGGUGUGGAGUGGAACGAUUUGGACUGGACCCUGAAGUGCAUGGAGAUUGGUGUUGUGAAAACCCAGCUGAAGUGACAGGCUAUGAAGAACGGUCAGUCUCCAUCCAUUGUAUGUAUAAUGAAAAAAAUGAAGACAAUGAGAAAUACUUUUGCAAAGCGAAUACACUAUCUAAGUGUCUAGUUGAUGUAAAAGUGACAACAACCAAAAGCCAGAACGGGAGGUUCUCACUGUUCGACAACAGGACAGCCGGAGCAUUCACCGUGACCAUCACCAGACUAACCCAAGAGGAUGCUGGGAGAUAUCUCUGUGGUGUACAGAACAACCACACAACCAAUACCCUGUCAGCAGUUCAGCUUGUUAUCAAGAUUUCACCAACUUUAUCAUCACCACCUAUUGCCACCUCCGUCUCACCAUCAUCCGUGUCAUCACCAUCAUCCAUCUUAACAUCAACACACAACAGAUCUGAUACAUCAGUGGUCAUCAUAGUAUCUGGGACUCUGGUCAUGCUGCUAUUGGUGCUUGUGGUCAGCCUGUUCAUAGUCUAUAGAUGGAAAUUCAACAAGGAAACAGCUGACUCCUCAGCACCCAAGGUGAACACAGACACUGGGAUCAACAGAGAGGGUUGUCAUGGUGAUGGUGACUAUGAGGAGAUAGAGGACUGCCCCCUACAGUCCAGUUCAGGUGGUGAGACCACCGCCAUCUACGCCACCGCCAACUUACCCACAAGCACCUCUGACUCUCUCAACUACGCCAACGUCAACUUCCACAAGGUCCCCAGCUGCUCCAAUGAGGCCACUGUCGCCAUCGCUAAAGAGGGCACUUCUCCUGGUUACUAUGCCACUGUCAACAUUGGUCAAAGCCCCGCCUACUCUACUGUCAAUCAUCCACACAGCACCUCUGAGGCUCCUCCCAUCUAUUAUACAGUCAGCAAACCCAGAGAUGCCUGAGUCACUGACAACCAAUCACAUGGGACAUAUACACACGGGCAACAAAUCAUAAGUGACAUGUUAUUAAAAUAGUUAUAACUAUAUGUUCCACCGACAAUUUUUAGAAAACAGCUACAAGAUCAGGGCCUGAGUUCCCGAUAGCGAUGGAACUUAGGCUUACAAGUGUUUUAACGAUGCAUAGUUCCUACAACGGCCGAAUAUGUAUCUUGCGUUUUCUAAAACACCAAACAGGGAGAACAUUCGCUAAGUGAUUCAUUGAAGAACAUUUACACAUACUCAGAACAUUGCUUGGUGUAAUGGUGCUGCAAGUGAUAUACAACAUGCUAGUGAUAUACAACAUGCUAGUGAUAGACAACAUGCUAGUGAUAUACAACAUGCUAGUGAUAUACAACAUGCUAGUAAUAUUCAACAUGCUAGUGAUAUACAACAUCAAAUCAAAUCAAAUCAAUCCAAAUGUAUUUAUAUAGCCCUUCGUACAUCAGCUGAUAUCUCAAAGUGCUGUACAGAAACCCAGCCUAAAACCCCAAACAGCAAGCAAUGCAGGUGUAGAAGCACGGUGGCUAGGAAAAACUCCCUAGAAAGGCCAAAACCUAGGAAGAAACAUAGAGAGGAACCAGGCUAUGUGGGGUGGCCAGUCCUCUUCUGGCUGUGCCGGGUGGAGAUUAUAACAGAAUAUGGCCAAGAUGUUCAAAUGUUCAUAAAUGACCAGCAUGGUCCAAUAAUAAUAAGGCAGAACAGUUGAAACUGGAGCAGCAGCACGGCCAGGUGGACUGGGGACAGCAAGGAGUCAUCAUGUCAGGUAGUCCUGGGGCAUGGUCCUAGGGCUCAGGUCCUCCGAGAGAGAGAAAGAAAGAGAGAAGGAGAGAAUUAGAGAACGCACACUUAGAUUCACACAGGACACCGAAUAGGACAGGAGAAGUACACCAGAUAUAACAAACUGACCCUAGCCCCCCGACACAAACUACUGCAGCAUAAUUACUGGAGGCAGGAGGGGUCAGGAGACACUGUCGCCCCAUCCGAGGACACCCCCGGACAGGGCCAAACAGGAAGGAUAUAACCCCACCCACUUUGCCAAAGCACAGCCCCCACACCACUAGAGGGAUAUCUUCAACCACCAACUUCCCAUCCUGAGACAAGGCUGAGUAUAGCCCACAAAGAUCUCCGCCAUGGCACAACCCAAGGGGGGGCGCCAACCCAGACAGAAUGACCACAUCAGUGAAUGAACCCACUCAGGUAACGCACCCCUUCCAGGGACGGCAUGAGAGAGCCCCAGUAAGCCAGUGACUCAGCCCCUGUAAUAGGGUUAGAGGCAGAGAAUCCCAGUGGAAAGAGGGGAACCGGCCAGGCAGAGACAGCAAGGGCGGUUCGUUGCUCCAGAGCCUUUCCGUUCACCUUCCCACUCCUGGGCCAGACUACACUCAAUCAUAUGACCCACUGAAGAGAUGAGUCUUCAGUAAAGACUUAAAGGUUGAGACCGAGUUUGCGUCUCUGACAUGGGUAGGCAGACCGUUCCAUAAAAAUGGAGCUCUAUAAGAGAAA